AUGCUGGAGCACUUGAGAUUGAGGAGGGCAAAUGCGCCCAACACCCACAUCACGGUGCGGGUCCUAGCGGCGGCGGACCAUGACGGGAUAUGCGCAGCACACAUUCUGUCACAGCUGCUGGACAUCCGGGACGUCAAGCAUACUUUGCAGCCGGUGUGGGAGAACGCGGACAUCGCUCAGCACAUCAAGCACGUGGAGAACGACACAGAG